AUGGAUAUUCUGCUGUCCAAGGUUACGCAGCAGGCGAUGAACUAUGCCAUCAGAUCUGGCAUAGUCAUCACCAGCAGCUAUGCUAUGAAGCAGUGCUCCCGCCUCAUCAAGUCAGUGGAUAAUAGCACCGAGAAGCAGGAGCUGGCAGAUCUGCAGCUACGCUUGGAGAGCAAGAUCAGGAUCAUCUCGCCGGCUAUUGAUAUGAUAGAGCUUAUCUCCGCCCGCGGCAACACCUCACUUGAAUCUGCUGUCAUCCUAACCAAAUCCCUCCGUUGGGACAUUCAGUCUCUCGGGGUCCGCCUAGCUAAAGCAGCCGGUGAGGAAGAACUUCAGCGCAGAGGGAGUUCCCGUGCCAAGCCGAAAGCCGACAAUGAGCUAGAGGUGAAGUUCAUCAUUUCCGACAUCAAAAAGCUGCUCGCCCGCAUCGAAGAUGCAGUGCCUCUCAUCAACCUGGCCAUCACUACCUCCGGUGCCAACCUAUCCAGUUCGCUGCCUUCUACAGUUUCUCCUUCCAGGUUACUGCAGGCAAGCACUUUCCUAACUGCAGGAGACACCCAGUAUUCCAUGAACCCCACCGGCGCGCAACAAAUUGGCCCGGCUUUCACCCUUUCUAUGUACAUGCUAUUUGCUGGUCACAUACGUCCUCAAGACGAAGAAGGAAUCAGGGACACGACGUGGAAGGAGGUCAUCCACAAGGCACGUGUGAAGCUCAUGAGGGUUCCACUCGACAGCAUCCAGGACUUCACUCCCUCGAACAGUUCCCACGCCCAUAGGAGCAUACCGGCCGCCGAAGGUAAAGCCUAUGAGUUUGCCUACCAGCUUCUCAUCAUUGAAGACCUGGACGAUGAUCGCGUCCACACGUUCGAGGAGGGUGAGCUGCAGCCGGGGCCAUUCGAAGACGUCGCCAGAGCAGGCAUCCGCGAGAUCAUCCCCAUCCACCAGGUUUCGAAGAUUUUCUACGCCGACACCGGAAAGAUCCUCAACAUCGGAACAGACGGCGAGACCAACAACCCAAUAUUGCUCCUGAAGCGUGAUGUCAACGCAAUACCGCCGCGCCGCAUGAUGGAGCGACAGGCCGCGGAGCAUUGGUACGACGACUAUGAAGAGGAAGAAUCACAGGACGUGAGGGAAGAAUCAGCACCUGCCGCACCCACAGAGGACGAUCAGUCGGAAGUCGAUGCGCAGCUGUUUCGCGAGUCCUCUCGAGCCCCGGAACCAGAGCCGCAACACGGCACUGAGCACUACGACGACGAGACGACGCAACCAUGGCGGCUUCCUCUCAACCUCGACCCUGAGUGGGUCGCCUUCGAGGUUUACGUCGAGGAAUCCGACUCCGAGGAUGAAGACGACACGACCGAACCGACACAACCUCCUUCAUCAACCUCCCCACCCGGCGCUACUCCGUCCUCGCGCUCCGCCUCCCUCGACCCCCGCCUGACGACCGGCCUCACGAACCUCAACCUUCGCACGCCCUCGCCGGCCCCUUACCACUCCUCACCACCAGUCCCGGGAACCGCGUUACAAACCCGCCCAACAUAUUACUCCCCGGCCCCGACCUUCUCCCCACCACCUGCACCCACCUCCCUCCCAGCCAUCCGCACCUCCCUCUCUCUCCUCGAAAUGCUGGUCCGCCUCACCGCGCUCCAGCAAUUCCAACAAUCCUCGCACCUCGCCAUCCCAGACGAACUCCUCACCUUCUUCCUGUCCGAGUCCGCCUCAACCGUCGGCGCCGGCAGCGACGCAGACCUACGCCGACGCGUACGCCGCGACGCCGUGAGGCGCGUCGGCUUCGACCCGUACGACGAGAGCCCAAUCAAGCGGCGAGGCGAGGAGUAUCUGGAGCGGGAGAUGCACGCUGGCGGGAGCCAGUACGACGGGGAGGAGAGAGAAGGAACUCCGUACGCGCUGCAGGAGGGCGGCGAAGGGGACGACCGGUACUACGACGACAGCGGCGCGGAACAGUACCAACAGCAGCAGCAGCGCUAUUACCGCGAGGACUCGUCGCCGACCGUCCGGCACCUCGACGCCAGCAGGCAUCCGCAGCCGCACUUGCACCACCCCCACCGCCGCGUCGAGGCAGGCGCGCGGGCGGCGUUCGCAAACAGCACCGGCUCCGGCAGCGGCAGCGGUGGCAACAGCAGCAGCAGUCCCCUCCGCGACCGUCAGUACUACGCCAGCUCUUCCCCGCUGCUGCCGACGCAUCGGGACGUGCCCAUUCCGAGCCGCGAGACGAGCGCGCAGCCCAGCCCGUUGCUAAGGAAGGCGACGGAUCGGGGCGGUAGUGGUGGUGGUAAUGGCGGUGGAAGGUUGAGCGUUGGGGAGAGGAGGAGGCAGAAUCGGCAAGAGACGCCGCGGGAGGAGAGGUAG